AUGUCGAACCAGCGAGAUUCGUGGGUGAAAAACUAUGACGACGUCGACUUUGAUGUUGCGUUCCUGGCUUAUCCCUCACAUCUGCAAGAACAGGAGCAGGAAAGAAUGUUAGAUUCGACUCUUCUCGAUUCGACACCGAGCACAUCCACUUCUUCGCCGGAACCCCAACAUCCUCUCAUCGCCGGAGCCUCGCCGUCAGCAGCUCCACCAGCAGAUGUCUUGCCUGCGCGCCAGUCGUCACAUGGCCGCCCUGUGUUCACGCUGACAGAUCCACCUGCAACACAGUCAGCCCCUUCCUCAUUUCACGGCCGCCCAACGUACAACCUCUCCGACUCCGUCUCUCCUCCGCUUUCCUCCUCCGACACACCCAACACAACCGCCGUAACCGCCCGUUCUCCCCGCUCCUCCUCCUUCAAAUCUUUCGCCUCUUCCCCUCUCAACCCAACCUCUCCCGCCUUCACUUCCCCGUUCGCCCGUCCGGGCUCCAGAGGAAGUGCGCAUAUCAACCGUAUCCCCUCCGAAGACUGCCGUGCCCUCUCCAUUGGCGGCUCACCGUUGUCCAUGAGCACUGCCGGCUCUCGAGGGUCAAUGAUUCUCUACAGGCUGCCUGCAGCUGAAGACGGCUCUCUCAUGCCACCUAUACUUCCACGUGCAUCCGUCUAUUCCACCUCUGGCGACUCCAUCGUCUCCCUAUCAAGUGAUUCAAAAUACCCAGCAGGUUCAAUGAUGACAGAACGUGGCCUUGUGGCGUAUGCGUACGACCCCUCAACCGACGACGAUAUCGAGGAUGACAUGCACGAUCCAAGGGAGUGGAAGGAAAACGGCUCCAUCUCAUGGCGAGGGAUUAUCAACGUCUCCGCCCUCGUCGCCUUGAUAGCGGCCCUUCUCUGCUUGUUCAUCGUUUACCCCGUCUAUCGCGCGUUCACGGACACUGGAAUCAAUGAGAUGAUCACCCGCAAUACGAGGAUUAACGCGACGGGGCAGGCAACCUUGGAUUCGAGAGGCCUGUGGGAGAUUGAUCUGCGGCUAUAG